CAGAGAAUAGACAUUACCUGUGAAUUCCCUAGUCAAGUUAUAUUUUCAAAUUAAUAAUUUUUCUUAUAAAUUCGAAAGAUGAAGUGUCUUCUAUUCAGUGGAAUUAUUGUGCUGCUGGUUAUUUCAGGAGAAACGUUGAAAUGUUACUAUUCUCUAGGAAUUGAUAAUCCUUUUAACGGAAGUGAUUCUAUAAUAACAUGUUCAAAAGGAUUAAAUAUGUGUUUUCAAUCAUCCACCUCUUUGUCAAAUGGAUCAGCUGUAGAUUUACGUACUUGUGUCACAGCUUCUGAAGUUACCACUCCUGAAUUUAAUGAUUUAAUCAAGAAAUUACCAGCAGAUGUAAAACUAAUGGAUAAUUACAUUCGAAUUCAUUGUAGUACUGAUUACUGUAAUGGUGCUAAUUCGAUUCUUGCAGGACUUUCAAUAGUAUUUGCUAGUCUUUGUAUAUUUAUAUUCUAAAGUAAUUAAUUCAUUAAACAUA